GUUGCUGGCUUGAGACGAGCCAAGGGGCGCCUGAGAGCCCUGGAGAGGGCUGGGACUGGAUCGCUGAAGAACCGGGCGGGAGGCCACGGAGGCUCCGCCUUCUCUCCCUUGGCUGCUAUAAAGAUGGGGCCGUGGCGCGCUUGGGGUGGAAGAAUAGCGCCUUUCUGGAGGCGGCUGUAGUUGCCAGAGAAGCAGCUGGAGUGAUUGUCUCAAAGCUUGCCACUGCAGCUCUUGUUCUUAGCGUAUCCUCUCUGAGCCUUGUGGAGUCAAGUGCGAGUGUGUGGAAGAAAAAGGGACAAGAUUGAACCACUCCUCUUCAGAAUUGUUUUUUUUAAAAAAUGGAACAAGUAGAAGAGACAUCUAAAAGAAUUCUCCUGGAGCCAUACAACUACUUACUUCAACUACCAGGUAAGCAAGUCCGAACCAAACUUUCCCAAGCCUUUAAUCAUUGGUUGAAUGUUCCUGAAGAUAAGCUACAGGUUAUCAUUGAAGUGACAGAAAUGUUGCACAAUGCAAGUUUGCUUAUAGAUGACAUAGAAGACAAUUCAAAGCUACGACGAGGUUUUCCAGUGGCUCAUAGCAUCUAUGGAGUACCAUCUGUAAUAAACUGCGCAAAUUUUGUGUAUUUCCUUGGCUUGCAAAAGGUUUUAACUCUUGAUCAUCCUGAUGCUGUAAAAGUGUUCACCUGUCAAUUGCUAGAACUUCAUAAGGGCCAAGGCUUGGAUAUUUACUGGAGAGAUACUUACACCUGUCCUACAGAAGCAGAAUAUAAAGCCAUGGUUCUGCAAAAGACAGGUGGCCUUUUUGGACUAGCUGUGGGGCUCAUGCAAUUGUUCUCCACUUAUAAAAAAGAUUUAAAACCACUCCUUAAUACCCUUGGGCUCUUCUUCCAAAUUAGAGAUGACUAUGCAAACUUGCAUUCCAAAGAAUAUAGUGAGAACAAAAGUUUUUGUGAAGACCUAACUGAGGGGAAGUUCUCAUUCCCAACUAUCCACGCUAUAUGGUCUAAGCCAGAAAGCACACAGGUGCAGAAUAUUCUGCGACAGAGGACUGAAAAUGUGGACAUAAAAAAAUAUUGUGUACAUUACCUUGAGAAUGUGGGCUCCUUUGCAUACACCCGGAAAACAUUAAAAGAACUUCAGUCUGAAGCUUAUAAACAAAUUGAAUCUCUUGGGGGGAACCCAGAGCUUGUAGCCUUACUUGAAUAUUUAAGCAAAAUGUUCAGGGACAAUGAAAAUUGACACAAUUGCCAAUUAUGUUUUACUGGGAGGGGGAUUGAAAUGAUCAAGUAAACUAAACUUCAGUUUAUGUUAUCUUUAUAUUUGCUGCAUAGGAGCUGCUCUAAAGCAUAAUUUAAGGGGUAAUGGGUUUUGUAUAUGCCCUAAACUCUUAAUUUCUGCUGCUUAUACAAAAUUGCAUUAUGCUACAAACUUCCAUUAAAAUAAAGCUACCAAAUCUUA